AUGGGAAACGGUCACGCAUCCCUCACGAUCUGGCUUUGUCUCGACGAGCACGGCCCACUUGGCUUGCACGAUUCUUUGAGCUUGCGCAUUCUUCCUCUGAAGCUUUCGAGUUUCAACGAGCACAACAUCCAUAUCUUUCUUUCGCGCCAUCACAUCUCGACGUGCGCGACCCGCUGCAGGCAGCAGAUCGCGCUACACACUGCCGACUCUCCCGGACUUCCUGUCUGUCAGAGCAAGCACCGGUACCAGCGACACCUGGGCCGUCUUGUGUUCAACUUCUACGACUUUGAGCCCGCGAAUGCGACACACGUGCCGACUUUCUGGCGGGGACACACGGAGACCGCCAGCUUCCGGAAUGACCUCCUCCAUAUGACCUCGGCGCAAUACCUCUUCGGCGCAGUCUUUGGCGGCGUGCACUGUCUCGCCUGA